ACGCGCCUCUGGCGCAGUCAGUACCGGUCCAGCGGCCGAUUUGGAGGGUUGUUUCUCGAUCCUUCUUGAGAAAGAGAAGCGCCGAGUGAACCACAGAGAAAGCGCCUUACGAGGAAGCCAAUGCGAGAAAUCGCAAUGCGGACGAAGCUGCAGCUACUGCUGAUCGCGUUGCUCCUGGCGGUGCUGAUAGUGGAUGUAUCCGCCCAGCGCAGACGGAAACACCGAUAUCGCACGACCACAACGGAGGCACCUAUACAAGAUGAGAUCAUGAACAUGCUGGAAGCUGAUGAAAUAGCCGAGGAGGCGGAGGACGCUGAGGUCACUCUCGAAAAUGGCAGAAACGAGGCUGGAUCGAAGCAGCAGCUCCAGGCAGACCCGUGCCUGGACAAACACUGCGGCGCUGGUCGCGUUUGCAAGAAUACGGAGGAGGGAACGGCCGAGUGUAUUUGCGUUGAGCUGUGUAACCAGGAGGUCGAUCCACGCCGCAAGGUCUGCACUAAUUACAAUGAGACCUUCGGCAGCGACUGUGAGGUCUAUCAAGCACGUUGCUUUUGCGAUACCGGUGACGCCAGGUGUAGGGGUCCCGACUAUCAACAUGUACACAUCGAGUAUUAUGGCGAAUGCCGACAGAUGCCCAUGUGCAAGGAAGAGGACCGGGCUGAUUUUCCCAGACGAAUGCGCGACUGGUUGUUCAACAUCAUGCGGGAUUUGGCGGAUCGUCAAGAAUUACCAUCGCAUUAUCUGAAGAUGCAACGCGAGGCCGAAACCAAUCACACAUUGCGUUGGGCAAACGCGGCUAUUUGGAAGUGGUGCGAUCUGGACGGACAUCCGCACGAUCGAGCUGUGUCCAGGCACGAACUUUUCCCGAUCAGGGCACCCUUAAUGGCCCUAGAACACUGCAUCGCACCCUUCCUCGACUCCUGCGACACCAACAACGAUCAUAAGAUCACGCUGAUCGAGUGGGGCAAAUGUCUAGAGCUCAACGAGGACGAUAUAGAUGACAAAUGCGAUGAGCUAGCCGAGGCGAAUCACGAGUAUUAGAGAGACGCCGAAUCCUUCUCCUCGGAGGAGGAAAGACGAGCGCGAGCGACAAGACGAGACAGAAUAGAUCGGGAUAUACGAAUACAAUAGCAGUAGGAUAGGCAAACGGUCAAGGAAGGCGCGAAGGGCGCAGGUGACGUGCAGAAAAGGAAAGGGCAGGGCAGGGCAGAACAGAACACGGCAGGGAAAGGAGGGCGGAUAAAAAUGGCGGGAAAAAUCGUCGCGAACACGCAUGUGCGGAUGCGGCAGCACGCAGGUCCGCACGCAUCGACGAGUCGAUACCGCGGGACGAGGCAUCGCCUCGAUGCCGAUGUAUGUACCCAGGUCCCCUCGUUACGUGCCAAGCAACCGACAAUCGAACUGCUUCAACUGCGCUCCUCAAUAUAAUAUAAGCCUCAUCGAUGCAAUUCGCAAUUACGGCCGAUUGCGCGGAUAUAUAUGGGGAGAAUUCAAAUUCCAAUCGAAUGCAUCGCUGAUGCAUCUCGAUACUUACAGUCGCAUGAUUCAAUUAAUUCGAAUUCAAGUCAAAGGAACUGUACGAUUCAAGGGAACUAUACGUACGACUAAAGCAAGCAGAUAUUUGCUCUUCCCAGACGGAGAAAUAUAAAGGAUUCGAUUUAGAAACAAUGUAGAGAAUUUGAAUAAAGAGAUGUAACUUGAUUAUAAGAGUAUAAAUAAAACGUAAACGACAAGUAAAUUGUAAUAAAUAGAAUUUGUCAUUUCAAGGAAGAGGAACUUUUCGAGAAAUUAUAUCUAGUCAUGCGACUGUAAAGUUAAAAAUAAAUUAAAGUGGAGUAUUGGAUAUUUUAUAUCGACAAGUCGAGAUAUUGGAAUAGUAGAUGGAUUACAUAAUACUUACUCGCCAUUUUGUGAUCGUCCCGCCAUAUGUUAUUAAUUGUCCGUUUCGCCGUCCAACAAUGAAGCCAUAGAAUUGAUCGUAGAAAUUAAUUAAUUCUCCUUCAGGGAUCCAGAGAGAAUGUCUUCCGAGAAAAAAUGUAUAUUGUCCUGAAAUAUAUUAUUAUACACGUUAGGUCACAAGAUUUAAUAUAAAAAAUUCGCGUUCGCGCUCUUUCUAGUAUCAUUUUCAUGUUACUCUGUAGCAAUAUAUUUUCUAUAUACAAUGUUUUUGUAUAAAAUCACUGCCUUUUUCAAUGUCCUAAGUCGCAAUAAAGAGCAACAAUACCGUU